UUUCCUUUCUUUUUUUCUGCCUCUUUUUUUUUUUUUUCUCUUUUCUUUUCCUUCCACUCUUUUAUUGCCUCUCGUUUCGUCUCUUACGGCCCCCGAUGCUCGCCCUCCGUCACGACUGGUCCUAACUCCUGAUCACCCUUUCCAAUCCCCUCCUUCUCCCUCUCGCUGCUGCCCAGCCCUUUCAAUAAUAAUUCCAAUACCGAUCUCGACGCUUGUGCUGGCUGGAUCUACUCGAAGACUUCGGGUCUCCUGUUUAUAAUACCUCGACUUUCUGUUCCUUCGGGCUCCUCGUCGAAACUUCAUUCGUUUGCUUAUCUGUAUUUCCUUUACCGGUUAUCGCUCACGGUAUCGAUCGACUGCGGUAGUCCCUCGUGACAGGUGGAGGCUCAAGCUUUCAGUCCAAGAAUCGAUUGAUCAUAUAAUUCUCAGAGAACACACCAUACAUACGCACCCCCAUUUCGAUUUAUCCAUUACGUGAAAUGACGACCACUCUUUGCACGACGCCCAACUCUCCGCCGGAGUUGUCCGGCUCCAAAUCCUCCAAAUCUUCCUCCUUCCAUUCUUCCUCCCAACUCUCCGGCCCCGACGGCAUCUUCACCGACAUCUCCAACUUUGAAGACAUUGGUCUCGAGGACGAUGCCGACCUCUCCUAUAUGAAUGGUGGUGCCGCCCAAUACGGUCGAGCCGGUGGCAUUGCACGGUCCUCCACGGCUAGAUUACACGGGAAGAGCGCCGUGACCACCACCACCCGAGAUCUCACAUCCACCCCUAAACAAAGGGCGCCAUUUCCGCCAUUGCAAGGUCAGGUCAACGGGGCUCUGUCGUCCCAGCAGAAUCUCAAAACCCCCAAGGUCAGACCAGGGAAAAAACGGCGGGAUACAAAUGCUACCCCCCAGUCGAGUCCGCUGCAGGUCGCUCAACCUCGCCGUUCGCGAUCGACAUCGCCGCUGCGUCCCUUGUCCGCCUCCCCGUCUACUCAGAGCUUGUCCCCAUCGCCCGCUCGAACCCUCAACCGGAAACAGUCCUGGCAGCCAAACCGCAAAUCUCUCAAGGAUUUAGAGGAGGAAUACCAUGACUCGGAUGAGGAGCUACCUGAGGAUGCCAGCCUGUGGAACGUCCCGAUCUCGCCCCGGCCGAUGCAGGACCGCCCUAUCUCGCGCGCUACCAGUCCAGAUGGCCGAAGUCCCGGUCCUCGUCCACUGCCCUUGUCGCACACGGGUUCAGAAAACGGUGUCCCUUUGGCAUCACCCAAGUCUCGCGGUCCGUCUCGGUCAAGACAAUCGCUGCGGUCGAGUUCUGCAGGUCCUGAAAGGGGUCAGAUCUCUCCCCGCAACCCACGGGUCUACUCCUAUAAUACGGCGAUGUCUGAUCUGUCGGAAGAGGCAAAGAUUAUUACCGAAGCGUUGGAACACCAUGCGGAUGAGAACGUUCGCAGAAAGGGCGAGAAUUUGCAGAGCGGUCGGUCCUCUUUGAGCUCGAAUGGAGACUCGAAGCGGGGAUCAAAGGGCCCCAUUGAGCUCCCCCCACUGCAAAAAUCCAACAUCAUGAUUGAUCCGUUGCCCAUCAGCAAAGAGAAAGAGAAGGUGUUGUCGAGAACACGGCCCAGCUGGCUUCCUCCGAAAGACCAGAAGGAAGAGAAGAAGCAUUUGAAGGAGUAUAAGAAAAUGAUGGCUCAGUCGCGUGAAGCUGACAAACGAAAAGCCGCUCAGGCCGCCUCUGCUCAAUGUGAGAAGGAUAACACCCGCGAAACGCUGCAAAAUAUCUGGGACGAAUACGUGUACCCCAACUGGGAUCGAGUUAUCAGCGAGCCCCGCACACGAGAACUAUGGUGGCGGGGUAUUCCCCCUCGAAGCAGAGGAACAACAUGGCAGCGUGCCAUCGGCAAUGAACUAUCUCUGUCCGAAGAGACGUACAAGAAGGCACUGCAAAGGGCCAAGGAUGUGCGCACAGCUGACGGAGAUGCGGGUGAAAGCAACAAGAGAAUGAGAGAUUGGUUUGAUGCUAUCCAAGUCGAUGCGUCGAAAGCAUUCCCGGAUUUGAAUCUGUUCCAAGAAGGAGGUCCGUUGCGCGAUACAUUGAUUGAUGUGCUAGAAGCGUACUCUAUGUAUCGGAGUGAUGUGGGAUACAUCUAUGGUCUUCACACCAUCGCUGCUCUCCUUGUCCUUCAAUUCCCUUCACCUGCUUCUGCUUUCCUGGCCAUGGCCAACGCGCUCAAUCGCCCAAUUGCUGUCGGCUUUCUCACCCUGGACCGAGGGGCCAUCGGUCGCACCUAUUCGCUUGCGUCUGCGACACUACGCUAUAAGUUCCCCAGCCUCGCUACUCAUCUAUACGAGACUCUGCAUCUUCCCGAUGAAGACAUUUGGGAGCCUAUGUUCCGCUCCCUUCUCACAAACGGUCUGGACUUGGAGCGCAUAAGCCGCGUCUGGGACUGCUGGGUGUUCGAGGGAGAUCGGAUCAUGAUUCGUGCUGCGGUCGCGAUUCUGGGCUCCUUGCAGUCUCAACUUACAGGGUUUACCACGCCGGAUGACCACAGUCGUAUCACAGUCAAAAACAUUCUCGGAUGGGGUCCUCGCCAUCUCGGAGCCAAGUCUAAGGACCGCCACAGUGCUCCUGCAGCUCCGGCAACUGGUUUUGGCGGUGGUCAAUUCGCCAAUGCCGUCGGUGACUACUGGGUUCUCACCUCUGCAGGUGACGAGGAUGGUUUCAUGAGCGAAGUCAGGGAAGCAGGCAAAGUGCGGUCCUAGCUUCCAAAAUACGCUAUAUAUUCGACUGUCUGUCAGUCUGUUGUCUUGAUGACCCCCCUGUAUCUUACUCUUUUGAGAGAUCUCUUUCCUUACUCUUUUUCUUCUCUGGACAUAUUUACCAGACGGGUUUGAAGAAUACCCGAACCUGGCUAUAAUGGCUUUUUUUUUUCGAGACCACCUUUGAUUCACUCGUUGAUUGACUACGUGUAUUAUUUUUAUUUCAUGUGCUUUUUUCUCUUCUGACAG